AUGUCUUCCCUUGUUCGCCCAUUACGUAUUAUACUUUUAGGAGCACCUGGUGCUGGUAAAGGAACUCAAACAACAAGAUUACUUAAGAGAUUUCCCAAGGUUCAGUCAUUAUCAACUGGUGAUGUUUUAAGAAGUCAAAUAGCAGCUGGUACUAGAAUUGGAAAGGAAGCUUCAGACCAUAUUAAACAAGGGGCGUUGAUCCCCGAUACUACCAUGGUGGGAUUAGUCAUGAGUCAAUUAGAACAACUCAAAUGGUUAGAUCCAAAAGCCAGUUGGUUAUUAGACGGGUUCCCUAGAACUUACAAACAAGCAAUUGCUCUUGAUCACUCGCUUGAUCAAAACGAUUGUCGACUCAAUAUGGUUGUUGAAUUAGAUGUUGACCAAAAAGUGAUAUUAGACAGAAUUGAAGCUAGAUGGGUACACGUACCAAGUGGAAGGGUGUAUAAUAUAGAUUACAACCCGCCAAAGGUACCAUUCAAAGACGAUAUCACUGGUGAACCUUUAACGAAAAGAAGUGACGAUACUGCGGAAGUAUUCCAAAGAAGAUUAGAUCAGUACAACAAAGAAAUUGAACCAAUUAAAAAGUUUUACUCCAACAAAGGUGUUUUAUACAAGGUCAGCGGUGAUACUUCUGAUAUUAUAUACCCUAAAUUAGAAGCAUUGGUUCUUGAAAAAUUUGGUUAA